AUGAACAACUCUCUAUCUCUGCACUUUUCUCUACCACCAGUUAAUCUUAUCCAAUUCCUAUCCAUCCAUCACACCCCAAUUUUCCGUCCAGCAGAUGCAAAAAGAUCCUGGAGUAGGCCGCUCAACAUAUCUGCCGAGGUGUAUAACUAUCCUCUACAUAUCGCAUUCCCAACCAUCUUUGCGAGCUCGUAUGUCCUGAUCAUCAUUUACCUCAACUCCAUCAAUCGCAAAAGACGCCACAAGCCAUGGCGACUGAGCCAGACACGCUUCUUUCACUACCUUGUUCUUUUCCAUAACAUCGGUCUUUCGGUAUUCUCUGCAUGGGUAUCUUGCGGAUUGCUCUCAACAGUCUACACACACCUACCGUCCAUAAAGCAAGAAUCAUAUUCUGUGCAUGUGGCCGCGACAUUAUGUCACAUUGAAGGAAGGCCCACUCUUCAUACCAGCGUGCCAAACGUCACUGCCGCUGUAUGGGAUACUGAGAAUGGUGAUGGCUUAUGGCAGAAAGGCGUGGGAUAUUUCUGCUGGGCCAUGUACAUGUCCAAAUUUUACGAGGUAACGGACACGAUGAUUCUGAUCCUAAAGGGGAAAGAAAGCACCUUCUUACAAACAUACCACCAUUCCGGAGUCAUGGUCGGUUCAUGGGCGCUCAUGCGUUCGACGUCACCUCACUGCUUGGUGGCUGCACUGCUGAAUAGCGGUGUUCAUGCAUUAAUGUACCUAUACUAUGCUCUCCGGACAAUGAAAAUAGCAAUCCCCAUCCGCCUGAAGCGGACAUUGACGGCUGUACAGAUUGCCCAGUUUACCAUUGGGUAUACCCUGGGUUUGAGCUAUCUGUUCGUUUCGUAUGAUGCACCGCAUGCGCGCAUCUCAGUUGGCGGGGAUGAUGAUCUCCGCGCUGAUAUGCAGCACACUGUGCUCCCCUGUCUCCAUAAACCAGAUCAUUUGGGCGCGCUGCUGUUGGGGGGCUUGUAUCUUGGGCCUCUGAUCUAUAUGUUUGUUCGGCUAUUUAUCCGUUCGUAUUUGUCUGCUGGGAAGGGGAAGAUGGAAUGA